UAUGAGUGUGAUUAAGUCAAUAUGUAUUCAACGCGUCGGCGUAAAAGGUGGGUGCGGGUACAGCGCUGAGAGAAGUUGGGUAAAUUCAGUCGUAAACGUCAUACUAGCAUUGAACCAGACAGAGUGAAGUCUUUUAUCUGUCAGGACCCUAAGUAUUCUUCUAAGGCACAGCAAGAGAUCCGCCCCUGACCAAAGAGCUGUUCCCCUUCACAAAUCUUAAUUUUUAUAUUAACCAACAGUGCUUCACAGUGCUUCAGUUGGCUGUAGAAGUGUGUGGUCUUAUUCGGUGUAUGUUGUGUCUUUUAUUACUUUUUAUCGUAAUCACCUGUCAUUGAUUUUAUUACUAAAAAAUGAGCUGUACUAUUUAGUGAGAAAAUUAUCAAGUUUGUGUAAAGAAAUUACUUAGAAUGUCAUGGAGUCAGUAAAAAAAGCGAAUCAACUAAAAUGCAGGGUACAGAAUUCUGAGCUUCAUGCUAGAACUAGCAAGUGUUAUGAUGAGGAAAGAAGCAUUGAAGAAGACACUAAGGCUAAUGCUACUGAUGCUUGCAGAUUAUCAUCACUUUGUGAAUGGUCUAUCAAACACAAUACAUGGAUGAAUCAGCAAAUAGGUUUCUCUGAUCAACACAGUAUAUCUAGAAAUCACAAUGAAAUGGCUAGUACAGUAAAUUCUUCGAGAAGCGGAUGCUCGAAAGAUAUGCAGGGACACAAUCGUCUUGGAGCCAAAGUAGAUGUAGUUUAUAGUCUUUUAGGAAUGCUUGGCAGCACUGAAGGAUGUAAUGAUAUGAGUGCUACUCUGUUAGCCAUGAGCAACUCUAUUGAAAGUUGUCUUGUUAUGAGACAAUCUGGGUGUUUACCACUUUUAAUUCAACUCAUUCAUACACCUGGACAGAAUCAGGAGAUCCGUGAACGAGCUUCUCGAGCAUUGCAUAAUGUAAUACUCGCACGAAGUGAUGAAAAGAUUGGAAGACGUGAAGUGCGAGUGUUAAGGCUUCUUGAACAAAUUAGAGAUUACUGUCAAAUGUUAAGAUCUUGUUUAGAAACAGAGAGACCUCCAGAUGACCUUGAAAGACAUCCAGGCCCGACAAUAGCAGCGUUAAUGAAACUUUCUUUUGAUGAAGCUCACCGACAUGCUAUGUGUCAACUUGGUGGAUUACACGCAGUUGCAGAACUCAUUGAAAUGGAUCAUGCUGCACACGGAAGUGAUUCGGAUGAUCAAAGUUGUAUUACUCUUCGUAGAUAUGCAGGAAUGGCUCUGACAAAUUUGACAUUCGGCGAUGGCAACAACAAAGCACUUUUAUGUUCUUUCAGAGAAUUUAUGAAAGCAUUGGUAUCUCAACUUCGUAGUUUAAGUGAUGAUUUACGCCAAGUAACUGCUAGCGUUCUACGGAAUUUAUCAUGGCGUGCGGACAGCAGUAGUAAACAGAUACUCAGAGAAGUAGGCGCAGUAACUGGACUCAUGAAAGCUUCAAUGGAAGGAAGAAAAGAAUCAACUCUAAAAUCAAUUCUUUCAGCUUUAUGGAAUUUAUCCGCUCAUUGUAGCACAAAUAAAGUAGAUAUUUGUGCUGUAGAAGGUGCUUUAGCGUUUCUAGUAGAUAUGCUAAGUUAUAAAGCACCAUCGAAGACAUUAUCAAUUGUCGAAAAUGCUGGUGGUAUUUUGCGCAAUGUAUCGAGCCAUAUUGCUGUUCGAGAAGAUUAUCGAGCUAUCAUAAGAGAGCGAGGUUGUUUGCAAGUUCUUUUGCGACAAUUACGAUCACCUAGUUUGACGGUGGUAAGUAAUGCCUGUGGAGCGCUUUGGAACCUUUCAGCAAGAUGCCCAUAUGAUCAAAGACUUUUAUGGGAUCUUGGAGCUGUACCAAUGCUACGAAGCCUUGUUCACUCUAAGCACAAAAUGAUAUCAAUGGGUUCAUCUGCUGCUCUAAAAAAUCUUCUUAGUGCUAGACCAUGUGGUAGUAAUCUUGUACACUUUGAUUCUACUGCAAGAGGUCUCGGCUUACCUUCUCUUCCUUCACUUGUUGCAAGAAGACAACGAGCAUUAGAACAAGAAAUUGAUCAAAGCCUUUCAGAAACGUGCGAUAAUAUUGAACCUAGUAGUUCACCUACGAAUAAAGAUGAAAAAUUUUCUUUCAAACUUGAACCUAAUUUUAUUGACGUUACCUUUCUAACAAGGACUUAUCACAACAAUCAGCCUGAAGCUUCAAAAAAUUAUAACCAAGUGUCACGUAGCGAAAGUAGAGAAUCUGUGCGUUCAAUUACAAGUACGCACUCAGAUACUGUUUUUGAAAAAGUUCACAGACAUGUAUCUAAUGGAUUCGCAUUAUCUGAUUUACAACAGAAACAUCAGUCAUCAUCUUUACAUUCUACAAUCAAUUCGAACUCUCCAGAUACCAUCGAGCUUCAUAAUAAAACAACUCAAUUAGAAAAAAAAUAUACUCUAUGCUAUAAAAAUCCAAUUACCGAAAGACUUGGAGUUUCUGAAGCUGGUAUUGAUCAUGAUAAUUUAAAAACAAUAACCUCCACUAUAUCAUGGGCUACGGCAGCAAGUCAUGAAUCCACAUUUUCUCUUUUACAAUCAACAAUUGAAAACAAAGUGUCACCAACUGAUUCUGUAAAAUCAACAACUAGUAAAACUUCUGAUGAUUAUAAUUUUCCUAAAAAGCUAGAAGCUUCGGAAUCUUGUUCACAAAUCAACUAUAAAAAUCCGACAGUGACUGCUCCAAUAAUUCCUGCAAAUUUCAAUACAUCUGGAAAUUGUAUUAAACCAUCUAUCUCACCUGUGUCAAAUGGAAGAGAUCCUUUUGGUGAUUACGCAGAAACUGAUUUAGAUGAACCUACAAAUUAUAGCUUACGAUAUGCUGAACGUAAUUCUGAUGAUGAAAAAUCAACCGCAGAAUUUUUUACAGGAAAUGAACAGGACAUUGAAGACACUGUAAAAACCUACUAUACCGAAGGUACCCCUCAUGGAGCAUCGUUGAGUUCAUCUCGAACGGCAUCUCAGUCGGAUUUACAAUAUGAUAGCCGAAUAAAAUUAUUGCCGGAUAAGCUUUUGUUAAGUAAAACUAAAAAUGUUGAUAAUCAAGUUCAAUACUUGUUUCAAGCGUCAGUUAACAAAGCCGAGGGCAGUAAUACUCUUUUGACAGAAGGUAAUAUUAUAUCUUCCUGUGAAAGUUUUAAUAAAUCACAUUCUGAUAAUGAUAAAAAAUCACAUGAAGUUUCAAACCAAAAUUAUUCAUAUAAUCAUACUCAAGAAAUAAGUAGAGCUGAACAAUCGUCAAAUAUGACCAAUAUUGUUACACAAAAUUACAAUUCUAAAAUUGACAAUGAAUCGAAAAUAAUCAAUGAUAUACAGUUGAAAGAACGUGAAUUAAAAGCAACAAAGAAACAAAAUGUCAUUACAGAAUCAGAAAGCUUAACCGGCUCUAUUGCAAGUGAUGGGGAUGAUGAUGACGAUGAUGAUUUACUAGCAGCUUGUAUUCAUAUUGGUAUGCAAAAUAAUAGACAUAUACAAUCAGUCCGAAGAAAUAGUUUGGAGAAAACGCUACAGUGCGAUAGUACUUUAAUUCGUUAUCAAACGACUUCUGCAUUAGAUCAAGUUGAAACUAUUGAAGCUACUAAUACUAAUGAAAAGCCAUUGCAAUCAGAUAAAACUAAUUACAAUAAAAUCAGUUUGUCUAAUACGGAUGUAUCUAAAGAAACAUCAAAUAUAUUUACCUCUUCAGACGAAAAUAGUAGAAACAUUGAACAGCAUAAAACAAUUUACGUUUUAGAAAAAAAAUUAAAUCAAUCAACUCCUUUUUAUAGUAUGAGUUCCGAUCACAUGCAGUCUUGUGAUUCUAUUAAAAGGCCUGAGCAGAGAUCAACAGAGCUAUGCACUAAAAUUAAAACAACAAUCAAUGAGCUAGUUUCAUGUGAUGAAACGAAUUUUGCUACUAAUGAAUUAGCUUCUGCUCUGAUCACUGUCAAUACAUUGGAUGACAGAUCAUCAAUUUUGCACGAAGCCAAUAGUAAAGAAAAUUAUAAAUCUAGUAAACAUUCCAAAGACGAAAUUAAUACUGAAAACUUAUUUAAACAUCAGGAACAAGAAGAAUAUCGAAGACAACGUGAUCCAGAUGCAAUGAUUGCAUCUUUGGAUCGUCUGACUGCAACUCUUGUUCAACAAACAGAAGCAAUGCGAGAAAAAGAUUCAUUCAUUAUGAAGCAAAGUAUUCAAAGUGAUCUAUGGAAUGAAGAUUCCCCUAAUGAUUUAUCAUUUCCGUCUAUAAGCAUAAGUAUUCCACUCGUUGCAUCAAGCAAUAGUGACUUUGUUCAAGAAGACUGUACUACUUUACUUCAGACAUUUUCUGAAGAUGCAGAAAUUGAGCAAUCAAGUAUGACAACAUCACGGAUAAUUGAACUGGAAGCUUUCAAGUUAGCCGAAGUAGUGAGUAACGAGUUUAAUGCUAGAGGGCAAGCAUCAUAUGGUCUUGAUGAUAUUAAACCUCCAUCUGUAAUGAAUAGCUUAGUUUCUUUAACUACUAGUUUUGUAGUGCCAGAAAAUGUUAUAAAUCGUUCUAAUCAAGACGAAUGUAAUUCAAUGUCGCUUCCACUCACGUUUUUAAAGCCUCGAAUAUCAGAUCUACAGAACAAAAAAAUAUCUCUUCCUGUUGGAGUAGUUGCUAAACGAGCCCUGGCUCAGGAUUAUAAUCAUUUGGGAAGUUUGGAGAGUCUCUUAAAUGAUAGCAAUAUUGUAAAUGUUUCACAAUUGGAAAAUGUUAAACCACCUUCAAUAAUGGACGAGCUCUUAGAUAAUGGAGAUAUGGAGAAUAGUAUUAUAAGUGUUGCAAGUAUCAUAUCUGAAAUAGCUGACUCAAAAGAUCAAGACUCGAACAAUUUGAUAGUAAAUAAUUCAAAAAUGACGACUUGUAAUCAAUUAAUUUCAGGGACAAAGCAUGCUGGAAAUAAUGCAAAUAAUAGUCUUAGUGAAUUUCUCGACAAUAUAAAUCCACCAUCUCUAUUGAAUGAAAUUAACAAUAUUGAUGAUACUACUUUGGACGCAAAUACAGAUACUAUGUGUAGUGAUACUCUCUGUAUUGAAUAUGAAUUAAAUCCAAAUGAAUUACAUUUGCUUUUAGUCAAUAAAUGUGAAGAUAUGGAUGAAAAUGAUACUGAUGAAGCUGCCACUCCAAUUCCAACUGAAUAUAGCUGUAGCAGUACUGAGUCAACACCGAAAAGACAAGUCAAGAAAAAUAACUUGACACCAAAGCAAAAAAGACAAUUAGCCAAAGAAAGAUAUAAGACAUAUACAAUAGCUACAGAGUUAAUAAAAAAAGAUUAUCAUAAAGAACAAUCAGAUUUGCAUACUAGUAGUUCUGGUAGAGUUUCACAGCUGUCUAGGCUUACUCCUAAACAACGUCGACAGGAAAAUCCGACAAGAUUUCAAACUCAAGUUCUCGAUAAUCCCUUUUCAUCUCCAACCUCUGCUAUUCCAACGUUUCAAUAUGCAGAUGGAUCAAAAAAAUUAAAAAAAAAUCAAUUAAUUGAUAAAAAAUAUCAAAGAAAAACAUCAGAUAAUCAUAUUUCAACGAAUGAUACGCAAGUUAUAUUGGAAAAAAAUGCAAACAUUUUUCAUUCUUUGAAAAAAAUAAAUAAAGUUGAUCAAACUCUGCCAAUUUGUGAGGCGAAUUUAGCUAACACUGACUCUGAAAUUGAAAUAAAUUUUCAAGAUAAUGUAACUAACGGUAUGAGCAAUACAAGUGUGACUAAAAAAUUAUUGACUAACUCACAAGAAUACUAUCAGAAAAUUUUACCAUUAAAAAAAAAUGAUUCUGAUGUGGAAGAUGAUUUAAAAGAAGAACGUGACCAAAAAGUCAAUAAUUUAGAUCUAAGUGAAUCCGAUAAUAACGAAAAUGAAUUUUCACCAACAGAUGAACUACCGAGAAAGCCACGUAUUGUUAAACCUUCUAAUAGAGAUACCCGUGGGGAUUUAGAUACAGGAAAAUCCGAACCAGUUAGUCCAAAAGGGAUUAGAGGAAGAAGAAAAGCAUUAUAUUCAAAUCCAAAUACUAGAAAAACUACGCCACAGUCGUCUCCGAUAAAACAGAUUAAUAUCAGUGGAAUCCCCAUAGGUCGUAGCAAUACAUCUCCGAUCGUUCGAAAUACUAGGGCUGCAACACUUCGACAAAAUACAUAUAACUCAGAUAGUAAUGAUCAAUUAAAAUUGGGUACUUCUCAGAAAAUACCAUCAACAAAAAAUAUUACAUUGUCCAAAAGAAGUUCAAUACCGCAAAGAAAACUUACUGUUAUUACUUCUAAAUCAAUCAAGCGUCAUAGUAAUCCACCUGAAUCUGUAUUAAAUGGUCGUAAAGACCAAGAUGAAGUGCCAAAACCUCUUGAAAGACAGAGUACAUUUACUAAAGAUGAACCAGAGAUAGAAAAUGCGCCUACAGUAGUUAUUGCAUCUCCUUCUAAAUCAAAAAUAGCAAAACCUACUCGGCAUUUAAAAAUUUCUGUAAAAAAUACUCAAACAUGUCAACAAACUAAACAAGCUCAGUGUGUAAAUGCAGAAAAAAUAGUAAGUUCAAAACUUUCAACAACUGUCAUAAAUAAACGGUAUUCAGGAAUGGAACUUUGUAAAAACCCAUUGGAAAAUACUAAUGCACAUAUACCAAAUAUUAAAAAACCAAUAAACAUUGAGCAACGAUUGCAUCAUAAUACAAGUAUUGCCGUUCAAAACUCGGCAGAAAAGGCGGACAAAAAAUUAGCUAGAGAAGCAGCAAGUAAAAUUACAAGUUUAUGGAAGAAAGUAGAAAAAAAUAAAAAUAAACAGCAGUCGCAAAAACCUGACACACGUCAGUGGAUUAAUGCAGCGUCAAAUUCAACUGAUACAGAAAAAAUUAUUAAUCACUUAUCGUCGCAACGAUUAUUUCGGAGCUCAACGUUUGAAGGAGUGCCAAAAGAGGCUGAUAUUUCCAAAGGUAAAAUAAGGAAACCGUCUAUACACACUAGUGGUACACCAUAUAAGCCAAUUUAUCGUAAUUCUCUUGAUUUAAGUAGUAUAAGUGCCACGUCCGAAGUGUCUAGUAAAAUACCACUCAAAUUUACAGAUUCAAAACCUAAUGAAAAAAUGAUUUCAACUACUGUUCUAAGAAAACAAGAAAUAAAUAAUUUAUCAGGCAAUGACCCAACAAAACGAUUAUCUCGACUUGGAUCUUUUAUAACAGUUGAUUCCAUAGAAAGUCAAAAUACGAUUUGCACUGAGCAAACAACCGCUAUACCAUCUUCUGCAGUCGUAUUACCUCUUAACUGCACUUCAAAUCAAGAAACAUUGUCAAACAUAACAAAUGAAAAUAGUGAACACAUAGAUUCAACUUGUGUUGUCACCACCUGAACGUGAAUUACGAUUGUGUAAAGUAAAUCUUUAGCUUUUGAAUGAAGUGAAUUUUAUUAUUUCAUUUUAUAUUGAACUAGUCGUAAUAUUUUUUUGCCUAAAAUAAGUUUUUUUAUAAUAUUUUGUUUUAAAAAUUAAAUUAUUAUUUUUAUUAUAAAAUAAUUAAUUAAGUAAACCUGAACAUAUUUUUUUAUAAUUUAUAUAUGUUUUUACAAAAGAUUUAAUAAUUCUCCUUUGAAUUGAGGAUAAGAUAAAAUGUUGAUGUUAUAUUUAUUAUUUUUCAAUGUAAAUAAUUAUCUUGGAUAAUGAAAAUACGAAAAAUCAAUUUAAAUCAUUUUAUAUGUGAUAUGUGUCUAAUAUGCAUACUUCUGAUGCAUAUUAAAAACUGGUUAAAUAUUUAGUCUGCUCUAUUUGUUAUAAAAAAAAAAACUAUCAGCAAAUUAUCAUUAAUUUUUAUUACUUUUUUAAGACUGAUGCAAGAAAAGUUAUCGAAGAAUAGUGUCGCCAAUUAAAUACAAUAUUAUGAAUACAUUUAUAAAUAUGAAUUUAGCUAAAUAUUAGACACGUUUUCAGAACUGCUUGGUAGAUAAACAUAGAAUAAAAAAAAAAAGUAAUUCUUUAUUUCUAGUCUACUAUUAAAUUUAAUCAGAAUAAUCUAUUUUGAGUCUAUACAGAUGAUACAAACAAAUUACCAUAAAAUAUUGAGAAGAAAAUUCUAAUUUACUCUGCAGCUAUCAGUUUAUAAUUUUUAACAAUACAUUUAUGCUAACAUUAAAUUUAAUAUUUAUGUAACUCAGGUAAUCAAGAAAUAAUUAACCCAGUUCAAUAAUUUUUUAAAUUUAUUUUGUACCUGAAUUUUUUUUAAAUAUUUAUUUUUAGUACUAUUAUUUC